AGGUGGCGCUGUACGAUAUUACUUUGGUUGCUAUUUUGUCUUGUGCCAAACAUGUGUUAUUGUGAAGAUUUCGGUGAGAACUCGACGCCUUCGGUAGAAUUUAGCGUAAGUAGCAGCAGUAGUACUAGCAUAGGAGCCGCUAAUUUGGAGCCAGAAACUUCUGCACCAUUAGAAGGUACAAAUCAUUCAAGGGAAGCUCUCGAGCAUGAGGCUAAUUCACCGGAACCGGUGGUGUUUAUUGGCGAAACAGACGAUUACGUUCCAGUGCCAUCUUUGCGAAAGAGGAAUCACGACGUAUCUGAGGCAGAUAUCGACUGGCAACACCCUUACGAAACUUGGGAUAGGGAAUAUAGGAGAUUCAGAUUCAACAAUACUAGAGUUCAACAUAUUGAAGCUGAAUGUCAGGAUGACUACAUGAAAAUUCGGGUUGGUUUCAAUGGUUCUUUUGCUGGUCUAGUAUAUUCAGCUGGAUACGCGUACGAUCCUGAUUGCAUGUACGUUAACGGUACUGGAAGAGAUUAUUACGAAUUUUUCAUUCAACUAAAUAGAUGUGGCACUUUAGGAAAAAAUACUCACACCGAAGAAAGUCAAAAAACGCCUACAAAGAAUUUCAUGUGGAACACAAUCACCGUGCAAUACAAUCCAUUAAUAGAAGAAGAAUUCGACGAGCACUUCAAAGUCACAUGCGAAUACGGAUACGAUUUUUGGAAAACUGUUACGUUUCCAUUUUUAGAUGUCGAAGUGGCUACAGGAAAUCCCGUAGUUUUCACCCUAACACCUCCCGAAUGCUACAUGGAAAUUCGAUAUGGAUACGGUACUACUGGUAACAGAGUAACUGGACCAGUUAGAGUUGGAGAUCCUUUAACCCUGAUGAUUUACAUGAGAAGCAAAUACGAUGGAUUCGAUAUUGUAGUCAACGAUUGUUUUGCCCACAAUGGCGCUACAAAGAAAAUUCAACUGAUUGAUGAAUACGGGUGCCCCGUGGACGAUAAACUAAUAUCAAGAUUUAGAGGCUCCUGGUCGGAUUCCGGGGUGUACGAGACUCAGGUGUUCGCCUACAUGAAGACCUUCCGGUUCACCGGGUCCCCAGCUCUCUAUAUCGAAUGCGACGUCCGCAUGUGUCACGGCCGAUGUCCGAGCCAAGCUUGCCACUGGAGGAACAUCAAAACCAAGAAGAGGAAAAGAUCCAUAGAGGGAGGCAAUCAAACGGACGAUGCGGCUAAUAGCACCACAGCGAUUCCGGUUCCGCUUUCGGAAAAUGUUAAUCUGUUCCAGUCCCUUAGGGUCCUGCAAGAAGGAGAGACUGAUGAUGAGAGAAGUAAUAUUUCUGCAUCCAGUAAUGAAGCGGAUCCUAACAGCGUUUGCAUGAAGACUGGUUGGUUUUCCGCUUUACUAGCCCUAGGAGGUGGAGGUAUGUGUCUACUUGGGGGAGCGCUUCUCGCCACGUGCACCAGAAUGAGGAAGGUUGCCAUAGAAAAAAUGUUGAGUAAUAGCCAGUUUAAUGGGUAUAUGAAUCACAGAGGGAGUAUUAAUUAG